AUGGAUUAUCAACCUGAUACGGUAACAUUGACAACAAUCCUGAAAGGUCUCUAUCUCUGUGGUAGUAUUGGAAAAGCAGUGCGCUUUCAUGACAGAGUGCUGGCUCAUGGAUUUCAGUUUAAUCAAGUCACUUAUGGGACGUUGAUCAAUGGGAUCUGUAAGACCGGACACACAUCAGCUGCUAUUCAAGUGUUGAGAAAGAUCCCACGGUAUGGCAUUGCUCCUAAUGUCUUCGUGUACAGCGCAAUUAUUGAUAGCCUCUGCAAGGAUACACUUGUAAGUCAGGCUUUUCAUUUAUUCUCUGAAAUGCUUGCUAAGGGAAUUUCUCCCGAUGUUAUCACAUACAGUUCUCUCAUUUUUGGAUUGUGUCUUGAGGGUCAAUAUAAGGAAGCCAUUGAUUUGUUAAGUGAUAUGGUGCUUAGAAACAUUACUCCAAAUGUUCAUACCUAUAGUAUUUUGAUCGAUGGGCUAUGCAAGGAAGGAAAGAUCAAAGAUGCUAAGAAUGUGUUGGCUGUGAUGACAAAACAUGGUGUGAAACCAGAUGUGGUUACUUAUAGCAACUUAAUUGAUGGAUAUUGUUUGGUUAAUCAGGUAAAUAAGGCAAAAUAUAUAUUCAACACAAUGGCCCAAAGUAGAGUGUCACCCAAUGUUCAAAGUUACAAUACCAUGAUUAAUGGCUUGUGCAAAAGUAAAAGGGUCGAUGAAGCCUUGAAUCUCUUUGAAGAAAUGCAUCGCAAGAACUUGGUUCCAAACACGGUAACUUACAGCACUCUUAUUGAUGGCUUGAGCAAAUCAAAGAGAAUCUCCCGUGCUUUGGAGCUUCUUAUCGAGAUGCAUCAUAGAGGUCAACCCGCUAAUGUAGUCACUUACAAUUCGUUGUUGGAUGGGAUGUUCAAAAACCAACAACCUAACGAGGCAUUUAUGUUAUUCAAUCAAAUGAUAGAGUGUGCCAUUGAUACAGAUAUAUUCACUUACAAUAUACUUAUAGAUGGCCUAUGCAAAGGUGGAAGACUUAUAGAUGCAAAAGAGAUUUUUCAAGAUCUUUCCGUUAAAGGCUAUCGUCCAAAUGUGAGGACAUACAAUAUUAUGAUCAAUGGGCUCUGCAAAGAGGGCUUGUUUGAAGAAGCAUUGGCACUCUUGUCAAAAAUGGAAGGCAAUGGUUGCUUACCAGAUGCUGUGACUUUUGAAACUAUUAUUAGUGCUUUGUUUGAAAAAGAUGAGAAUGACAUGGCGGAGAAACUUCUUCGGGAAAUGGUUGCUAGAGGCUUAUUGAAUUGAUAAAAGAAAAAGUUUUUGUUAUGCAAUCUGCAAUGGAGUUCUUUUCUGGUUCUACCAUUUGUAGGCACAGGUGCACGCAAGCAUGUUAAGUUGCAGCAUGGCAAAGACAAUAUUGAAGUUCUCUAGUAUGUGAUUUUGGCUUAUCAUGAAUGAAGCACAGUACAUUCCUUUCUUCCAGAUCAACUGCAGGAACAGUAAGCUGUCAUAAUCCUCAUUUCUAAGCUCAAAUACUGUGUCAUACCCUCUGCCUU